AUGUCAUAUUUAUUCACACCCUUACACUGUGAAUAUUAUAAAAUAACAAAUAAUUUUCCAGGUAGAUUAUUUAAAUGUGUUUCUAAAAUAUCAUUAUAUGAUGAACGACCAUUUCAACAUGAAUUUUUUCUUCGAAUUGCUCAAUCAUUUCCAUUUCUGAAAAAAUUAAGUUUAGAAAAUAUAAAACCUCAAAAUGAUAAAAAAUCUAAAAAUUCAGAAGAUGACAAUCAAAUUUUACCAAUUAUUGAAUAUCCUCCUCUUACUACACUUGAUCAUACUGAAGCUUAUUUAGAUUAUAUCGAAUUAUUUCUACUUGAUAAUAAAACACGUUUAUCAAAUAAUGUUUGUCUUGUUGUCAUUUACCAAGCACUAAGAAGAGUCACAGAAAAAUUUACAAGAAAUGCAACACAAAUCAACGGCAAAAAAUUACGUCAUUUAAGUUCACUUGGUAAAUAUCGAAUUCCUAAAUAUGUAAAAGAAUAUUUUCCUCAUACAGAAAUAUUAAAUUAUUAA